GAAUGUAAACACAAAAAACAAACACAGAACUAAGAAACACAAGAAAACAAGAGAAUUAAUCGGAAAACCACAACGAAGGCGCCAAUAUAGACCCCAAAGUGAACACCCCUCAGAUCAGUGCAUAUAUACUCCAGAAAUCACGCGUCUCUCGACUCGCGAACGAGAACGAACGUGUUUGGCGGUUCUUGUGGCUAGUUUUUUGUGCUGCGUUCGUUCGGUGGUUCUGUGAAUUGUAUAAAUAAUAUAAAUACGAAGCAAAAUGGGAAACUUUGACGCCUUCGAGCAGGGCCUAGCCAGCCCCAACGGCAACGGAAGGUUGCCCAAUGGACACGGCUGCCCUAAAGACAGACCCAGCGUGGACAACCAGCUGAAAUUCUCGGCGCCCGCCUACACGGAGAUUCGCACGAGGCGCUGCAACGCCAAGGCGGCCGCGGAAUCCAAGAAUGCCAGCUCAAGCACCUACCACCCGGAGAAGAAAGUGCUCUUGAAUGGACACGCCGCCGCGGCCAGGGAGCACAAGUCGGAGUGCAAGCCCAACCAGGCAGAGGGCAAGCUCUCGCCGGAGAUGGAGCACUACCAGAAGACCUCGUUCGAGGAGGUGCCCAUGCACACGGCCUGCCUCACCUACCUGGGAUUCUACCUGCUCAUGAUCCUGGGCUACAUCAACCAGCUGCUGUUCGUGCCCAAAGUGGCCACGGAGAAGGGCCGUGAGGGCUACGUGGCCCUGUACGACGCCUUCGAGAGCUUCUACUCCCGCUACGUGUACCGCCGCAUUAAGGAUUGCUGGAACCGCCCCAUCAGCAGUGUGCCCGGUGAUGAGCUGACGCUCAAGGACCGCGUGACUGACGACUAUGGUUGGAGCUUCAAGUUCACGGGCACGGAAACGCGUUGCCUCAAUCUGGGCUCCUACAACUACCUGGGCUUUGCCGCCGCCACAGGUCGCUGCGCCGACGAGUCCGAAGAGAGGGCCCGCGACGCUGGCCUGGCUUACUGCAGUUCCCGCUGUGAACUGGGUAACAAUGCUCAGCUGGAGGAGCUGGAGAAGCUGACUGCUCGCUACUUUGGCGUGGAGGACGCUAUCGUUUUUGGCAUGGGGUUCGCCACCAACGCCCUCAACCUACCGUCUCUGCUCGGCCCGAACUGCAUGGUGGUGAGCGAUGAGAAGAACCAUGCCUCGAUCAUCCUGGGCCUGCGUCUGUCCGGGGCCACAAUCAAGGUGUUCAAGCACAACAACAUGCGGGACUUGGAGCGCGUGCUGCGCGACGGCAUCUGCUACGGCAACACCAAGAACGGAGGCAAACCCUGGUCCAAGGUGAUGAUCAUUGUGGAGGGCAUCUUCAGCAUGGAGGGUUCCAUAGUGCGCCUGCCCGAGAUCGUAGCCCUGAAGAAGAAGUACAAGGCAUAUCUGUAUCUAGACGAGGCCCACAGCGUGGGUGCUAUGGGCUCCCAUGGAAGGGGCGUCACGGACUACUACAAGGUGGAUCCAAAAGACGUCGACAUCCUAAUGGGCACGUUCACCAAGAGCUUUGGCAGUGCUGGGGGCUAUCUAGCCGGAUCUAAGAAACUGAUUGACUUCCUUCGCACUAACAGCCAUGCCCACUGCUAUGCUGGAUCUAUUUCGCCGCCCAUUGCUCAGCAGAUCCUCACCUCCAUGAAGACUAUCAUGGGCGAUGAUGGCACUGAGACGGGUCGCAACAAGAUCAUGCAACUGGCCAGGAACACGCGGUAUUUCCGCCGUCGUCUGGCCCAGCUGGGAGUGAUAACCUACGGCCACGAGGACUCGCCCGUGGUGCCCAUGCUCGUCUACCUCUUCUCCAAGAUUGGUGCCGUGGUUCGCACUUUGACCACCCGCCACAUCGCCGGUGGGGCCGGUUUUCCAGCCACACCCAUUAUGGAGGGUCGCAUCCGUUUCUGCCUGUCGGCUGCCCACACCAAAGAGCAGCUGGACUAUGCCCUUGAGGUUAUUGACGAGACCAGCGACGAUCUGGGGCUGAAGUAUUCACGCAAGCCACGCGAUCCAAAUCCGAUUGAAUACUAGAAGCACCUUCUCAUGCAGCCUCACAAAUAGGAGCUAAGUGCAAAGGGCGAAGGGAGGAAUGUUAUGUAGGGGAGGUAAUAGCUCCCGCAAUUGUCAGACCAAAUCAGCACUCAGUCCAGAGCUAUACAUUUUUUUUUGUACGGUUCCAGUAUGAGAGUAUAUUUGACCAAGCUGUAGUUGGUCAGAAGUCGGUGCAAAACUAAGCUUCAGCGCACGGAGCUUCAAUAUUUGACUCACUCCUUGCGAAAAUCUAUUAUAGCAAACUAAACUAAACUGCAGCACAUAGCUAAAAUGAUAAACUAUUAUUAACUAUUUAGCAUUUACCUCAACGUAGCUGUUAUUGUAAUUGUAAACUCUAAACGUCUUCUUCUGUGGGCAGAAACAUUACAUUUCGAGUCUUUUGCUCGCCCGAGAGAAAGGAAAAUGUAUGCUUAUCAGGGUUCGGUUAUAAUACAGAUCUAAGCUAAAACAUAAGAGACAGGAGAGUCAAGCACCUCGCUUCUAAAAUGUCAGUUUUAAGCCAAAAGAGAGUCGA